ACCGGAAGCAAUAGGGGCGGUGUGUUGUAGUACGUUUGGGGAAUGUCGGUUCAUGAAUUGUGUACUAGCUUAACCUACGCGUGUGUCUAACCAAUCAUUCCAGGUGUUUGAUCACACACAUCUGCACUCGCCAUUUGCUGUGCGAUAGACACGUGAUCAAUGACGGCUUUGGUCAGCCAUGGCUGCCGUGUCAUGGAAAGAGAUUUUACUUUUGACUGGACUGGUGGUGGGCUGUUACUGGAACAGUUUGUCAUGCGGUUUUGUGUUUGACGAUGUCUCUGCAAUCCUUGACAACAAGGAUCUGCGCCCCUCAACCCCUCUCCAUAACCUCUUCCUUAAUGACUUCUGGGGUACUCCAAUGGCUGAGGAGCGGAGUCAUAAAUCUUACCGACCCCUGACCGUUCUCACCUUUCGACUGAACUACCUCUUUAGUGAGCUCAGUGCUUCGUCCUACCAUCUCCUUAAUGUCAUAUUACACGCAGUAGUUUGUGUAAUUUUUUUGCGAGUGUGUCGUUUGUUCCUGGAUAAAACAUCAGGCUUGGUGGCAGCAUUGCUUUUUGCAGUGCACCCCAUCCACACGGAAGCUGUCACAGGUGUGGUUGGCAGAGCUGAACUUCUUUCUUCAAUUUUUCUGUUGGCUGCAUUCCUUGCAUAUACCAAGUCAACAGGCCCAGACCACUCCAUUGUUUGGGCUCCAAUUGCUUUGACAGUCAUUCUAGUUGCAGCAGCAACGCUGUGCAAGGAGCAGGGAAUCACUGUCGUUGGCAUCUGCUGUUUCCAUGAGGUGUUUAUUGCACAAGGGUUCACUUUGCCCAUGCUGCUGGACACAUUGCGGCAGGUACUGCAGGGUAAAGACGGAUUCCCAUAUGCUGUCCUUCAAACGCUGCUGAAGCUCAUUGUCCUCGUCAUCAGCACGCUGCUGCUCGUCAUCAUCAGGGUCCAGGUCAUUCAGUCUCAGCUCCCUGUUUUUACCAGAUUUGAUAACCCAGCAGCAGUGAGUCCUACCCCAACGAGGCAAUUCACAUUCAACUACCUGCUUCCAGUCAACGCGUGGCUUCUGCUGAAUCCCUCUGAGCUCUGCUGUGACUGGACCAUGGGCACCAUCCCUUUGGUGGAGUCCAUCCUAGACUUCCGCAACUUGGCCACGCUGGUUUUCUACACUUUUCUAGGCCUGUUGGCUUACCACAGCCUCUGCUACAGACACAGCUCUGCCAAAAUAGUCAUCAUGGCCCUGUCUUUGAUUGUUCUGCCUUUCAUCCCGGCCUCCAACCUCUUCUUUCCCGUGGGUUUUGUUGUGGCUGAGAGGGUCCUCUACGUGCCCAGUAUGGGCUUCUGUGUUCUUGUUGCACAUGGAUUCAAGAUUAUCUUACACAAAGGAAACUUGAAGAAGAUUUCCUGGUUCAUGAUUGGAGUCAUGUUGACUACACAUGCAGUGAAGACCUUCAACAGGAACUGGGACUGGGAGUCAGAAUACACUCUGUUCACAUCAGCCCUGAAGGUCAACAAGAACAAUGCCAAGUUGUGGAAUAAUGUUGGCCAUGCUCUAGAGAACCAAAACAAUUAUGCAAGGGCUCUGCGAUAUUUUCUCCAGGCCACUCGUGUUCAACCAGAUGACAUCGGUGCGCACAUGAAUGUUGGAAGAACCUACAAGAACUUAAACAAGUCCAGAGAGGCCGAAGAUGCCUAUCUUGUUGCCAAGUCCCUUAUGCCACAGGUCAUCCCCGGUAAGAAGUACGCCACACGUGUAGCCCCAAACCAUCUCAAUGUUUACAUAAACCUGGCCAAUCUGAUACGUGCAAACGAGUCACGUUUAGAAGAGGCCGACCAGCUCUACCGCCAAGCCAUCAGCAUGAGGCCUGACUUCAAACAGGCCUACAUCAGCAGAGGCGAGCUGCUGCUGAAAAUGAACAAGCUCACAGAGGCCCGGGAUGCCUACCUCCGAGCCCUGGAGCUCGACCGCACCAAUGCUGACCUGUGGUACAAUCUGGCCAUCGUCAAUAUCGAGAUGAAGGAGCCGUUGGAAGCCCUGAAGAACUUCAACCACGCUUUAGAGCUCAACCCGCGACAUAAGCUGGCACUCUUCAACUCAGCGCUUCUCAUGCAGGAGUCCGGUGAGCCCAAGUUCUGGCCUGAGGCUAACCGUCGCUUCCUGACCUACGUGGAGGAGGAGCCCAAAGAUGCCAACGGUUACUUCAACCUGGGGAUGCUGGCCAUGGAUGCCAACGAAAAUGCUGCAGCGGAGCGGUGGAUGCGUAAAGCCAUCGGUCUGCAGGCCGGCUUCCGCAGUGCGCUGUUUAACCUAGCACUGCUUUAUUCUCAGUCCAAACGAGAGAUGGAUGCUCUGCCCGUGUUGGACGAGCUGCUGCGCCACCACCCGGAGCACAUCAAGGGUCUGAUCCUGAAAGGCGACAUCCUUAUGAACCACAAGAAGGACACACAAGGCGCUAAAACCUGCUUCGAGCGCAUUUUACGCAUGGACCCCACCAACGUGCAAGGCAAACACAACCUGUGCGUAGUUUACUUCGAGGAGCGCGACCUGCCACGGGCUGAGCGCUGCCUGGAGGAGACCCUCGCAUUGGCGCCGAAUGAGGAGUACGUGAGGCGUCAUUUGAGUAUUGUGCGCAGUAAAAUGGCUGCCAUGAGCGCAGCAGGACAGCCGUUGAGUUCGACAGAGGGAGCCAACGUACAGGCCAGGGAGGAAAAGCAGAAGAGAGUGAAGGAAGGGGUGGAGGGUGAGGAGGAAGGGAGGGGAGCUGAUACCGUUGGAAAAGGGGCUGGGGGUAAGAAGAAUGUGCGGAAAUCCUCUGCAGAAAGCCUCGGAGAUGUGGGUGUGGACCAAUCAGAGUCUUUGGACAGUAGCCAGUCUGACAAGCGGACUAAGGGUAAGUCCUCUAAAGAGAUUAAAGAUAUAGAGAAAAAACGGGCAGCAGCGUUGAAGAGACUAGAGGAGAUUGAGCGCAUAUUAAGUGGCGAUUGACAUGGUGGUCAUUUAUAGUCGGACUCCUUUUAUAAGACUGCCUUUUUCCCCUGAUUAAAAUGUGUAAUCGACUGCUAUUUUAUUACUUUGAUUUUGUUCGCAGGCGGCUCCUUCUGCUCCUGCUCUUUAACACUAAUCUUGCUAAGAAGGGAAAUGUUUAUCUGCACAUGAAUCUCAUGUAACAAUAAGCACAAAGCCAGUUUGGGAGAAUCUAUUUAAAGCUUUGGCAGAUAUAGAUGCCAGCGUGUGUGCUUCAUCUGAAUGUGACUUCAUAUAUCGUAGAUCUGCAGUAGUAUUGUUGUUUUUGUUUCUUUUUCCUCGUGUAGUCAUUGUUUAUCACUGGAUUUUUGAUGCUAAGAUGUGACUCACUCUUGUGUUAUUGUUUUUAAAAACAGAAUGAUUGUAUCAUGGACAAUUAAAGGAAAUGACGAGUUCCCCAGAUUUCCUCAAGGCAGGAUGAUAUCCUCAAAAUAACCUGAGAGAAAAAUAACCCUCCACACUACAUCAAAACCAGGCUUCUGUUUCACUGGAGCAGCAUCCGCUAAUCUGUAUUGAUCUCACUUCCUACCUCUACAUCAUCGACCAUUUCUGCACACAGCUGCCUUCACUGCAAGCUUUCAUUGUGAUCCCAUUUAUGGACUAUUAUCUGUCACAUUACUCCACACUUCUCCAAGCCUGUCUUCUUUGUUUUUUUUUAAGGUCCACGUCCUUUUUUGUGGGUUUUUCUGCCAAACAAUCGCAUACACAUCAUCCUGACCUGGGCAACACUCUUUUAAUGUGACGGUCAACAAAGACACACAUCAGGCCUCGUCAUGUGUUCCUCAUUCUCUAAAGUCACUUCCACUUCGCAGAGGUGCUUUUCACAGCACAUCUGCAGACAUCAGUUCAUUCUCCCCUACACUGAUAAUUUGGUUGUGUGAUACUGCAGCUGAAAUACCUUUGGGAUGUUCAGCAUUUUUAUGUAGUUGCCAUUGACUUCAACAUCAUUUGUGAUGACCCUGAAUUUUUCUGUUAUUAGCAUCAGGGCUGACAGGGCCAAUCUGACCAAAAGGUCAUAUGAUGAUCCUUUGAGGCUGAAUCAAAGUCCAAAACUUUUACUCACAGCUGGAAAAAUGUCAGCUUGUUACAACUAAAACCAGAUUAUCCAUACCAUAAGUUCAGGGACGGAUGAGGCAGUGUAAUGUUAUUUGACUAAAAAUUUUGCAUCAUUUUGGAACAAUAUUGGAUCUUGACUAGAAGAAAAAGACACACUCAAAAAAAUUAUAAAGAUAAUAACAAAGAAAGCCUCAGCUGUUUGCUCUCAACUUUGUCUUCUAAGCUUUAGCUGCAGUAUGUUCUGAUAAUCACAUGAUUAUACACAGCCUGGCCAAAAACAUGUCCCUCACACAAUAUUUUGUUGGACCACCUUUAACUUUGAUUACUGGUCUUAGUCACUGUGGCAUAAAUGAUGCCACACUAUGCUUAUGAAAUGUCACAAUAAAUGUCACACCAUUUAUUUCCACUCUGUGGCGGCCAAUCCAUGUGUGAAAAUGAUGUGGUAUGCUUCCUGAACCACUUUUCGCAAACCUUAUGAACCUGAUGAUUCCUGACAAUGUCCAUAAGAAAAGUGAUGGUCGUUCAACAAAUGUGUGAGUUAUUGUUAAAGAACUUGUCGCUGAUUAAAUAUAUACUGAUCAUUGCAGUAUUAAUCCAAUGGAAGGAAAUGAACUAUUUACUGUUUUAUCCAUCCAUCCAUUUUUUUUGUCCAGGCUGUGUAAUUUCCUAGUAUAAAGACGAGUGUUGCAGUUGUCAAACAGCAUUAACGCAACAGUGUACUCAAUCCCAUCACAGUUUCAUGACACAAAAAUCUUUUUGCACUUGUCAAAACAGAGUAUUGCAGAAAUAACUGUUAAAACCCAGAAAUUACUCAGAAUUUUGCACUUCUGGUUCCCUCAACUCCAAGUCAGUUGUGGUUUUAAAUGGUUUUGAUGGCUGAAAGUUUGUAUUUUUUUUUUUCUACAACAAAAAAUACAUGUAAAUAUUCACUGGUGGAUCUGGAAGCUUUAAUCUAUCUUAAAAAGGAAUUUGUGAACAAGCAGCUAAAACAUAUUACACACAUUGUCAGGUUAUCUUAAUCAAACCAACCAACAAACUCAUUUCCUCACCAGUCCACUUCCACAGCCUCGUGUCACUCUCCUUUGAACUGUUCGAGUGUGAUUUAAAGGUUUUUGUAGAGGAGGAACAAACAUGAACCUAAAUGAUGGUACCUUCAGGAUGUUAAAACUGAUGUCAUGUGGCCAUGUUAUGGUUUGCUUUUAACAUUAAUGUUUUACUUUUGCUGACUGCUCGUAAGCUUGAAAAAUCACAAACUAACAUAUUUUCUGUGUUUUUCCAAGAUACAGUGGAAAAAUCCUGUAAAGUUUUUGUCAAGAGAACUGAGGUUGCACUAAUGUCCAGGUUCAAUAAUGUAUUUGAGCAAAGCAUUAGUGUAAAACCACAGUUAUUACACACUAAAUGUCUGCAGCCACCAGCAGGUCACAGAAUGCUGCAGUUCAUCACCAUCUUAAGUAUUUUUUCAGUCGUAACAAAGCAUGUCACAUAAACACAUCAGCAAACAUUUUUAGUGCCAACAGACUAUUAAUAAUUUCUUUAAACUCUCUUAACUACGCUUGCGAGACUAGCAACAUUCUAUUACAAUGAUUAUAUUUUAUUUAUUGUCCAGCCAUACUGUCAUUUAUUUAUUGACUGAGGUCUUAUACGUUCAAAUCUACAGAUAUUUUGCCAAAUUAACAUCAUCUGCAAUAUAAGAUUAUCUAAUCGCGUGGCUUUGUUUUUCAACAUUCAGUGUGCUUUGGAUCCAUAUUAAAACUUGAGAAACUAGAAGUCAUCCUGGCCUACCACUCCUCUGGUCUCCCUUUCUGCUAUUGACUGUUUUCCAAGAGGUUUGACAACUUAAAAACAGCUCUUUGUUGUGAAGAAGAAGCCAAUUCUACGUCAUGUGUUGGUUGUUGUUCACGUUGAAAACACUGUAAAAGGUUAAUCCUCUGAGAUGAGCUGUGAAACAGGAAGGGUUAUUCAAUUCAUCAGCUGUUUGUCACAAAGGAAAUCGAGUCGAACUGUUAAAAUAUUCCUCCUUUUCACAGUUCCCAUCAUGUUCCUGUUUUCAUUUCACAGUGCAAUAAUUAGUUUGAGUACUAAUUAGAACUGCUCAGUGCAGUGGGAGAAGACUGAUUACUGUAAGUGGUGAGCACUGUGGCGGUACUAUAGAGCUUUGCUAUGCAUUAACUGUGGUUAGCUCUUAAAAAAAAAAAGUCUAUGUACAUAUUUUGACAGUGUUUUACUUGUACCCCAUGUUAUUUAUUAUUUUAUAUGCACUGCAAAUGCUGUAGAUGUUUGUUUACCACUGACAGUAUGCUUUACAAUCAUGGUGCAUUAUUUUGUCUUUAAGUGUAUGUACUGUCGUCUGUUCAGCAUUGCCAUAGAUCACUUCAAAUACUAGAGCCCAUGUCAGGGUUAGAGGAUCUAAACCACCUCCCCCCGGUAUAGUAGGUACAUUUGUGAAUGAGGACACAUCCUGUUUGCCACUUUUCCUUUGUCACCUGAUUUUGCGGAGCAACUGAUUUUUGUACGAUUUAAGAUUUUUUUUUAAUACUGCAAUAUCCCUUGGUGGUGGGGUCUAGGAUAUAAUAAAUAAAGUGAGAUGAUGACUC